AUGAGUUCUACUUCUUCACCGUCGUUGGAGAUUUUAGUUAGAGAAGCUGAAGGCUUCACUGUGUGGAAUGGCCCUCCAUUCAGUAACAACCAGCCUACUGUCAAGCUUGAACGAGUUUCAUGCUCCAACACAAAGUUCAGCUUCGAUGGAUCGAAGAUUAUGGCGAUGAAGUCAGAUGAUAUCAUCAGUAUCUAUGAUGCAACCAGCUGGAGAGAAGUGCGGUCGUUCACAAUAGCAAAUGUUACAGCUGCUGAGCUAUCUCCGUGCGGGACUUAUCUUCAGACCUUUCAGAAACCUUCUACUCCUCAGGAGAAGAACGUCUCCAUCUGGAAAACUGAGUCAGGAGAUCUAGCUCACAGUCAUUACCAAAAAGCCAUUACGAAAGCCUCAUGGCCAUCGAUUCGUUUCUCUCCUGAUGAAACUUCUGCGUGCCGUUUAGCUACAAAUGAGGUCCAUUUCUUUGACCCGAAAGAUUUCUCUAAAGGAAUAACAUCCAAGAUCAGAGCUCCUGGUGUUGCUGCGUUUGAGCUUUCUAAAACCCCAGCUUCCCAUCUUGCUGUGUUUGUUCCAGAAGUAAAGGGGAGUCCAGGCAGUGUCCAGAUAUUUGAAUGUGGGAAAGACUCACAGAGUCAGGCAAUUGCUCGGCGUAGCUUUUUCCGGUGUUCCUCUGUGCAGUUUUAUUGGAAUCAUGGCUCCACUGGACUCCUGUAUGUUGUACAAUCAGAUGUUGACAAGACCAACAAAAGUUAUUAUGGGGAAACAAAGCUACACUACCUUACAAUAGAUGGCACGCAUGAGGGCCUCGUUCCAUUACGUAAAGAAGGACCAGUCCAUGAUGUUCAGUGGUCCGUCUCGGGUUCAGAGUUUGCAGUUGUAUAUGGCUUUAUGCCUGCUUGUGUGACAAUCUUUGACAAGAAGUGCAAACCCAUAAUGGAACUUGGUGAAGGUCCUUACAACACACUUCGAUGGAACCCAAAAGGGAGAGUUUUAUGCGUUGCUGGAUUCGGUAACUUACCUGGUGAUAUGGCAUUCUGGGACGUUGACAACAAGAAGCUGCUAGGAAGUAAUAAAGCCGAGUGGUCUGUAACAAGUGAAUGGUCUCCUGAUGGUCGCUACUUCCUGACUGCAUCAACAGCACCAAGGCGUCAAAUUGACAAUGGGAUGAAAAUAUUCAACUACGACGGAAAGCGUUAUUUCAAGAAGAUGUUUGAGAGACUGUACCAGGGUGAAUGGAAACCAGAGUCUGCAGACAAGUUUAGUGAUAUCAGUGAACUUAUCAAGUCAGUUGAAUCAUUGAAACUCGAAGAGGGCAAAUCAAAAGGACAAGGAUCAGCUCAGAAGAAACCUGUUGCUUCCAUCCCCACUAUACAAAAACCAGCUGCAUAUCGACCUCCACAUGCUAAGCAGGCAGCUGCUGUUCAAGCCGAGUUGCUCGGAAUAAAUCCAGAAGGAGAGAUGAGCAAGAACGCUCUGAAAAACAAGAAGAAGAGAGAGAGGAAGAAAGCGGCUGCGGCCGAGGCUGCUGCUUCUGGAGCUAACGACGCAUGA